AAAGGUUUGUGUUUCUGAGCGUUCUUACAGUUUUUUUUUGCAAGCAUCGACAGUUUAACGACGCGUUUUCCUAUUAAACCUGUGUUUUAUCUUCAUUUACGUUGUAUGCAUGAGUAAAGUUUAUUUACGUGAUUUACAGCCUCGGCUCGUGCCCUGUGUGGUCAGCGACGAGCGCGAUUUCGUUAAGAAAUUCUCCUGGUGAAUGCGAGCUGAGAAUGGUCAUGGGGAGGAGGGAGAAGAUCUGAGGCUUGCUGAAGUGUUCAGUCUCAAACAUAAAGAUCCCGAGUCACAAACAGACCCGAUACCACUGAAAGGAGAAAGGAAAGAACAAGGAGAAAUGGAAUUGAGCGAUCAGUACAAACAUCUAGGUUUUGUAAUUAAUGACAAAUCUCACACGGUCAGUCAUUUCGCCAGCAAGGAAAGCGGGAAGAGUUUCGAUAACGCAGGAAGCUUCAAAGACCACUUGAAACUUCUCUCUGGAGAGAAGCCGUUCACCUGCCAAGAGUGUGGAUGUAGUUACACUACUAAAGGAAAUCUUAAAGUUCACAUGAGAGUUCACUCCGGUGAAAAAACCUUCAACUGCCCAGUGUGCGGAAACGCGUACGCUAGAAAAGGAAGCCUCGAUACCCACAUGAGAGUUCACUCCGGAGAAAAACCCUUCAGCUGUCCGAUGUGUGGAAAGAAUUACUCCACAAAAGGAAACCUCGAUGCCCACAUCAGAAUUCACUCCGGAGAGAAGACGUUCAACUGCCAGGUGUGUGGGAAUAACUACUCUACAAAAGGAAAUCUGAAAAGCCACAUGAGAAUCCACUCUCGAGGGAAGACUGGCGCAGGUUGUCAGUGUGGCACAUGCUCCGUUUGCCAAGCAAACCUUGCUCUCCAUAACACGCCUCACAGCGGAGAGUCUUUCACUUGCCAGGAGUGUGGCAAAAGUUACAGUACGAAAGGAAAUCUGAAGGUCCACAUGAGAAUUCACUCCGGAGAGAAGCCGUUUGCUUGCCAGGAGUGUGGAAGAUGUUGCUCUACGAAAGGAAACCUGAAAGUCCACAUGAGAAUCCACUCCGGAGAGAAGCCGUUCUCCUGCGUGUUGUGUGGAAGUCGAUUCAGCACAAAAGGAAACCUCGACGUUCACAUGAGAGUUCACUCCGGAGAGAAGCCUUACGCGUGUGUUCAGUGCGGAAAGUGCUUUAAAUGCCAGGGAAACCUUUCUCUCCACUUGAUAAUUCACACGGGAGAGAAGCCGUUCACCUGCCCACAGUGCGGGAAAAGAUUCAACAAGAAGGGAAUCCUUAAAAGCCACAUGAACGUCCACAACAAGGAGACCUCGAAAUUUUAUCGAACAAAGCGACCCUUCGAGUUCACUUGAGCAUUCACUUUUUGAACAGAGCCCUUCAUAUUUAAUCAAUGUGGCUGAAGUUUCAGACUUGAUCGUUUAAAAUGACUAUAGUUCACUCGAGAGACUAAAAGUUGCAAUGGUUAACUCAAGAGACUGCACUUAGAGGUUAUUACCUGGAGUGUCAUUUGUUGUCUCUUGUCUUUAUUUUGCUUUCAUAAAUUAAAUCGCUUGUUGUCAGUGUUCGGUUGAGCCCAUGGUUCUGCUUUAAAUAUUCUUGCU